UUCUCCGAUCUCUCUUCUUCUGCUUCGUUCUUCUCAGCGUUUUACUUUUUCAGUUUCUAAGACCAACGAUCUGAAGGAAAAUGGAAGGACCGCGUCCUGUUUGGGCAGUCAAGGUGAUCAUGGUGAUCGUGAUUGCAUCGAUCUUCUUCCGUUGCGUCUCUGCAAGGAACCACACGGUUGGAGGACCAAACGGUUGGGAUUUAGCGUCCAACCUGCAAGUCUGGUCUCGUUCUUCGACGUUUUACACCGGCGACAAUCUAGUGUUCAGCUACACACCAAACCACGACGUCCUGGAGGUGAACCAGCUGGACUUCGCCAGGUGUCGCACCAUCAACCCACUCGCCACCCACCGCGACGGCGAGACAGUGGUGCCGCUGACCAACACUGGCACCAGGUUCUUCAUCUGCGGCCGCCGCGGACACUGCACUAGGGGACUCAGACUUAUGGUCCAAGUCCUCGAUCUCCCUUCUGCAGCUCCAGCAUUCCCACCCGCCGAAGAAAGUGCAGCCUCCGAACCUACCAUAGGGAAACGGGCUCCUCCGCCAGGUAAAGGGGACAAGUCGUCGCCGCCGCCGCCUGCCGCCAUGGGAGCAGCACCAGCCAAGAGUCCGGGUGCUGAAGCACAUUGCAGUGUAGGAGUGCGCAUUGGAGGCUGGGUGUGGUGCUGUCUAGCUCUGGCUGCUGUCCUGGUAAUGUUUUCUGAUCUUUAUCUCAUUGAUGAGUUCAAUUAGUACAAAUAUCUCUCACUGAUGGCAUGACUCAUAGAUACUUGGGUUGGGUUGAUGAUCAAUUGAUAAUCGGUGAAAUCUUGAAGCAGUUGAUCAUUUUGCUUUUUUUUUUUUUGAAUUGCACUCUGACUCUCUGGCUAAUAUGAAAAGGAAAUAUAUGGCCUUGCGAAAUUUUUUUGAAAUACAAUUGAUAUUGCCUCAUGCUCAUGCAUGAUUGUUG